AUGCCCGUCGAUCCGAGAAAUUUGGUGUCGAUCCAGAACCGGCCGGAGAACAUCCGCAAUAUCUGUAUUCUGGCCCAUGUGGAUCACGGGAAAACAUCGCUAUCCGACACGUUGCUCGCCAGCAAUGGCAUUAUUUCCCAGCAGAUGCAGGGCCAAAUCCGCUACUUGGAUUCUCGGCCCGAUGAGCAGCUGAGAGGAAUUACCAUGGAGGCGAGUGCUAUUUCUCUGUAUUUUAAAGCUGCACGGAAAGAGGCAGAUCAGGAGGAGCCAGUUAUCAAAGAGUAUCUGGUCAAUUUGAUCGAUGCUCCAGGCCACAUCGAUUUUGCGUCGGAGGUCUCGACGGCGUCCCGGCUUUGUGACGGCACAGUGAUUUUAGUCGAUGCCGUCGAGGGCGUGUGCUCGCAAACUGUUGUCGUUUUAAAACAAACCUGGGACGAAGAACUCAAGCCUGUGCUGGUCAUCAAUAAAAUCGACCGCUUGAUCUCUGAACUGCAGCUCUCGGCCGCAGAGGCUGCAACGCACUUGACGAAACUCGUUGAGCAAGUCAAUGCGGUGAUUGGGUCUUUUUAUGCUGGAAAACGUAUGGAGGAGGAUCUUAAGUGGCGCGAGGCCCAGGAACAGCAAACAGAUGCCACCGAUUUCGAGGAACUCAGCGAUGAAGACAUUUACUUUACCCCACAGAAAAACAAUGUUGUGUUUUGCAGUGCAAUUGAUGGAUGGGGGUUCUCUAUUUCUCAGUUUGCCGCUAUCUACGAGCGCAAGCUAGGAGUGAAGCGUGAAAAGCUCGAACAGUUCCUGUGGGGAAACUACUACCUUGAUCCUAAAACCAAAAAGGUCUCCAAGACCCCAGGAAAAGGAGCCAAAACUAUGUUUGUGCAGUUCAUUCUGGACAAUAUUUGGGCAGUUUAUUCCGCAGUCAACAACCAGGACGUUGCUAAAAUCGAGAAAAUCGUUGGUGCUUUGAGCUUGAAAGUUUCUGAACGCGAGCUCAACUCUGGCGAUGCCAAAUACCUGCUAUCCCACAUGUUCAACCAAUGGAUCCCCGUAUCAAGGUCUAUUUUGUUGGCCGUAAUUAACUGCAUUCCGUCUCCCUUACAAGCUCAAGAGCAGCGUAUGGAUUUGGUACUGGAAGAAUCUCCCGACAGUGAGCUUAUAGAUCAAACGGCAGUCGAAGCUAUGCACAAAUGUGACUCAAAUGGCCCCGUCGUUACUUUUGUGUCGAAAGUUAUGCAAGUACCCAAGAAGGAUAUCCCGCUGAGUAUCACGGACAGACUCAGUGAACUCCGAAUGCGCAGCGAACGCAUCCGUCAAGAGGCUGCUGGAAUCAAAAUCGAAACCACAGAAUCGAAUCAAGAGGUUAUCAUUGGUGUCGCACGUGUUUAUAGUGGCACAGUUGAAGUUGGACAGGAGCUCGAUCUUUUAAGUCCCAAAUACACCCCCAAGGAUUCCAGUCGAGAGCAUCGGAGCAGCGUAAAAAUCACUGGUCUUUAUAUUUUGAUGGGCCGCGAUCUCGUUCCAGUUCAUAAGGCAUACCCAGGUAACAUUAUUGGCAUCACAGGUCUUGAUGGACAUAUAGUCAAGACCGGAACCCUGGUAAGUCCCGGGCUGCAAGGACCCAACUUUGCCCGAGGCCAUCUCAUCGCUAAACCCAUUCUACGCGUUGCUGUAGAGCCGGUUGAUCCUCGAAAGAUUCCCGAGCUAGAAGCAGGGCUUGAGAUGCUCAAUAUCUCGGACCCUAGUGUCGAGAUUAGCAUGAGUGAUGCUGGUGAGUAUAUUUUGGCAACUGCUGGUGAGUUGCAUUUAGAACGCUGUAUCAAGGAUUUGCAAGAACGAUUUGCCAGAGUAGACCUCGAUGUCUCACAACCCAUCGUUCCUUAUAGAGAGACAAUUGUGGACGCAGGUGAGUGGGUGCCCGAGGAGGAUUCAGAAUACCAAGAGCGAGGUUUGGGAGGUUUCGAGGUAGGUGACUUGAAGGUUGAACUUCAGGUCGUGCCACUUCCCGACAAAGUUUUUGAAUUUUUGACGGAAGGUGUCAGUGAAGAUAAACUAGAUGAGCAUUCGGAAAAGUACAUUGUGUCCGUUCUCACUGAACUUUUUGAUCAAACAGGUAUACCAGAAUGGUCGCACAUCGUCGACAAACUUGUAUGUUUCGGACCCUGGCAAACAGGACCUAAUUUACUGAUUGAUCUAACCGGUAAACUGCAGACCCGUGCGUUUGGCCAAUCAAGCCGUGGCGUGUACGACGAGGGUUUGAUUUCUGGAUUCCAAGCUGCCGUUGCAAAGGGCCCCCUAGCUGGAGAGCCCGUUCAAGGCGUCGCAUGUAUUGUGCGCAAAGUCUCUAACGAUGGCGACGCAGAAACCAACAGCAAAUUGCUGCAGCGCCGUCUCAUUUCGUUCUCCCGUCAGCUCAUUUGGAAGUGUAUGGAAGAGUGGUCCCCUCGUCUUCGUCUUGCAACCUACCUUUGUGAUAUCCAAGCCACUACCGAAGUGCUGGGCAAAGUAUACGGUGUUGUAACCAGACGUCAAGGUAAAGUGAUCAGUGAAGAUCUGAAGGAGGGUACUCCGUUCUUUAAUGUUCAAGCUUCCCUACCAGUUAUCGAGUCAUUCGGGUUCUCUGAGGAAAUGAGAAAACGCACAUCCGGUAAUGCCAACCCCCAACUCGUAUUUAACGGGUUCUCCACUCUUGAUCUCGAUCCGUUCUGGGUGCCCACCACCGAAGAAGAGCUUGAAGCGCUCGGCGAGACUGCGGAUAGAGAAAAUGUUGCGCUGACACAUUUGCAUGCCAUUCGUCGUCGCAAGGGCAUGCAAACGAGCGAAAAACUUGUAGAAAACGCCGAACAACUCCGUAGCAGACGUGGAUAG